GUUUUUUGUUCCUAGUAAUUGGAAUCAAAGUCCAUAAUCAACGCUCCAAAAGAAAGAAACAAAGAAUAAAAUAAAUAAAAGGAGGGGUUGAUUUGUUAUAUGUAAAUCACUCCCGCUCAUUUCCCCAAACUUUUUGUUGUUAGCUAAAUUUAUUCACUCCAACAAAAACCCUAAAGCUAACACUCCACUGUUUUCUGAGUAAAAUUCAACAGCAAACCUGGCUUAAUUGUAGCCUUUUUUGGUAACUUAAUUAGUUGGAGAAUAUCUAAUUCCUUCCUUAUAUGCUUCUUUUAUGAUGGGCAGUUCAGAGGUGUUAGAGAAUGGAGCGGUGGUGAGAAAUGGGAAUGGUCUAAAAUCAAGUGGUCAGGAUGACCUUGAGGGACUGACGAAUGGUGGGUUUGAGCAAAUGGUUAAUGGUGCAAAGGAAAAUGAGAAUUUGGGUGAUGAGAUUUUGGAGGAUUUUGAUACAUACUGGGAAGAUGUUAAUGACCGCUUAAUGGUAUCAAGGAUGGUAAGUGACUCAGUGAUUAAGGGGAUAGUGAGUGCGGUGGAACAAGAGGCAGCUGAGAGACUAGUGGCUAAGGAAAUGGAAUUAGCCAACUUGAAGGAGUAUUUGCAAAUUCAUGACGGGGGUCUUGGCAAAACUGAAUUUGAAUCUCUUGGGUCACCCAUUUUUCGAAAACAUAUGACUUUAUCUGAUGCUUUUAUGGAGCAUGACAAGAUGGGGGACUAUCUUGAUGGGCUAAGAAGUUUGGCAAAAGAUGAAUUCAAGAAGUUAAAGAAGAGUAUUGAUGAGCUUAGAGGAUCCAAUUCUAUUAGGAACAGGAGCUCUUGCUCUGAGAUGGAAGGUAUUCAACAGGAGAAAGAAUCGGGAAUUUGGGGUCAGUUGGACAAAACACUAGAUAACUUGAGAACGACGGUGGAUACCAACUUUAAACGAAUGGAUGUUAUGCUACAGGUGUCCAAGACAUCACUUGGUCAGUGGCAGGAGGAGCAUCUAAUCAAAGUGGAACUUGAGGCCAUGGUAAUGCGUAGUGUAAUUCAAACUGUGCAAGAAGAAUUUGAGUACAAAUUGUGGGACCAGUAUGCUAAGUUGUGCGGUGACCGAAAUGAGAAGUUGAAUGCCAUCUCUAGUUUACGGACUGAGUUGGAUGCUGUUUUGAAAUCAUUGUCAAGUUCAGAAAAUGGGCAUGUGACUCCCCAUGGAUCGCAUGAUGCAGAUUUCUUUACACGCAGGACAUCCGGUGAGUAUGUGACUUCUUCAAAAUCUGUUUGGGAUGGAAAUGAAAUGCUGGAGGAUUCUAAGACUGAUAUACCUGAGAACUUUGAUGCUGUCUCGCUGAAGCACAUGUCAAAAGAUGAAAUUGUCACCUAUUUUAAUAAUAUAAUGACAAAGAUGAAGAGACACCAUGAGUCCAUUCUGCAAAAGAAAACCGAUGAAUAUUUUCAUCUAAGAGCAGAGUAUCUUAAUCUUAGAGGAGGCUCUGUUGUGCCACAUAAAAAGGAUAAGGGUGAAUCUGACAUUCUAAGGAAGAAGAUUCGGGAAAUUAUAUUCAAAUUGGAUGAUAUUCUAGUAGAGAAUGAAAAACAUCCUGCAUUUACCCAAGAGAUUCUAAGUUUUGGUAACUUGAAGGAUAGACUUGAUAACCUUCUUUCUGAAAAUCACCAGCUUAGGGACUUGCUUAAAGACAAGAAAAAUGAAGUCAAAUUCCUUUUGUUCCAAGUUUCUGAUGCCAGUGAGAAGAGGCUGCAACAUUCGUUGGCAGAAGCAGAAAUGCAAAAACAGAUCGGAGAUCUCAAUUUAGCCCUGGAAGAGUCACAGAUAGAAGCUUCUGCAAGGGAAGACGUGUAUACCUGUUUUCUAAGGGAUCUCAGUGGCGGGGCACGAAAUGAAGCUGAGGAAUUAAACUUGGGAUUUGAUAUGCUUAAUGAAAGUAAUGAUACUAAUGCUGAAAGUACUAGAAAAAUAGAAGUUGACGAUUUAGAGAUAGAGUGCCUGAUUAUGCAAGAAAUUUGUGGAGUGAUUUCUGGUGAAGGCAUCAAGGAGGCUAAAGACAUGCUUAAGGAACUGUAUCGGGAGCAUUUGAAUGAAAAGGAAAUUCAAAUUUCUCUUGACACAAAAGUUAUUGAGAUGGAAAACAAACUAAAAUUUGCAGUUGAAGAAGAGGACAGACUGAAGACAUUAGUGUAUGAAAAGGAGAAGUUAGCAACAGAUGCAUCAACUGCUCUAGCAAAAGAGAGAAAUCAAUUUGACCAGGUGCGUCAAGAGUUGAAUGCUGUGAAAGAAUUUGCAUGUCAGCAACAAGCAUUAGCUUCUGGUUGCAGCGAAGAACUAAAUGAAGUAAAAGGCCAGUUGGCAGAAGCAUUGGAGCAGAUUGAAGAAUUGAAAGAGAAGGCAUCCCAUUUAAAUAGAAGUCUUGAGGAGAAAGCGGAGGAGUUAAAAGAAGCUAAUCACAGGGAAAAUAUGAUCCUUACUAUUUCUGAAGAGAGGCAAACACUUUUGUCCUCGCUUGAAGCAAAGGAAAUAGAGCUAAGAAAGCAGGUGGAAACAAUAAUUGGUAAUAUAAAUGAAUCAUCAAAGAUGCUUGCUGAUUUUGAAUGCAGGGUGACAGGAAGGUUGAAAACAAAUAAUGCGAGAUUUGAGCAUUCAUAUUCUCAAUUGGAUUCGCUUGUUAAGAAGGCCAAUUUGCUUAGAAGAACUACGCUACUGUACCAACAAAGGCUUGAAAAAAGAUGUUCAGACCUUCAAUUGGCCGAGGCUGAGGUUGAUCUUUUGGGAGAUGAGGUGGAUACACUUUUAAGCCUACUUGAGAAGAUUUACAUAGCACUUGAUCAUUACUCGCCAGUUUUACAACAUUAUCCUGGGAUUAUGGAGAUUCUUAAGGUGAUCAAAAGGGAAUUAACUGGAGAGUCUACCAAGCUAGUAAAAUUGUCUCCUGCUUAAGAUUCGUUCAAUUCCUGGAAUUUUUACCUUCCUCCAUCCUGACUGGUACCCAUUUUGAAGUUCAACGCGAAGCUAUAAAGACAGAUUUAAGUUAGCGUGACAGAUGUGUAGUAGUAUUACUUUUCUAGCAACUUAAAAUAGCGCAAAGUUUUUGAAGUUUUAUCUGACCUGGCUUGCAGAGAGGGGAUCCUAGUUAGUUCUGUAUAUUUUGUAUCAUCAGGCACCAAAAUCCCAACACUUUGUAGUUGCAGCUGGUGAAGUUUUAGGUACAUUUAUGAGCUUUCUUCUUGUAUAUAGAGAUGCAAAAUGUACAGACUACUUUUGCUUGUUUAAUUUUAUGGAAAUUCAUGUGUUUUAUCA